AUGGCCGCGACUGCCGCCGUCAGCCCCAGUGAAUACCUCCAGCCGGCCGCCCCCACCACCCAGGACUCCCAGCCGUCUCCUCUAGCCCUCCUCGCAGCGACAUGUAGCAAAAUCGGUCCUCCCGCCGCGGAAGACGCCACGACUCCUCCCGCCCCUCCUCAGCCAACGCCUCGCAAACUCGUCCCCAUCAAACCUGCUCCGCUCCCUGUGGGCUCCGGUAAGAACAGCUUUGGGAUCCUCUCGUCGAAAGGGAACCUCUUCCAGAUCCAGGGCUCGCAGGUCGGCACCUCCUACCCCGGGGGGCAGCUGGUUUUUGCCAUCCAGAACCCGACGGUCAUCAACAAGGGGGCCCGCUCGGCCGCCAACAUCCAGUACCAAGCGGUGCCCCAGAUCCAGGCCGCGGGGGGACAGACCAUCCAAGUCCAGCCCAACCUCACCAACCAGAUCCAGAUUAUUCCAGGCACGAAUCAAGCCAUCCUCACCCCUUCCUCUUCCUCUCACAAGCCCGUGCCCAUCAAACCAGCUCCGGCACAGAAAGGGGGA